AUAGAAUAUUUUUUAUUCAACUUUUUUUGCAUCGGUUUUCGGAAUCAUAUAUUUAAUGCACCUACUUGGUGAAUUUAUUUUACCACACCGGUGACAAUAGCAAUAAAAAGAUUUCAUUAAUUUACUGCACUCAAAUAUCUACAUAUUGAUAGGCAACCGUAAAAAUCUCUUAACCAUUUUAAAAAGCAAUUGAUAAGUGUUUGCCGCUGUUAUACAAUGUUGUUGUUUUCAAUUAUAUUCUGGGUAUGGAAGAGUGAAUAAUGAAACUUCCAGGUGGUCUAAAGAAUACUAGUAUACGCCCGCAUAGAGUUUAUCAACCGCAGCCAUGUUUCUGAGCAAAGUCUGUCUUUGCCUUGCGUUGAUCUUAGUUUUAUCUAGCCGUAAUAUCGAGGCACAAUUCAAUCCGCACUAUGCAUCGGGAAGGACAACUAUGGUGCACCUCUUCGAGUGGAAGUGGGAUGAUAUAGCUGUCGAAUGUGAGAACUUCCUUGGUCCCAAGGGUUUUGGUGGUGUUCAGGUUUCACCAGUGAAUGAGAAUGUUGUUGCUGCUUCACGUCCAUGGUGGGAACGUUAUCAACCCAUCUCCUACCUACUGACCACUCGUUCGGGCAACGAGCAGCAAUUCGCUGAUAUGGUGAGACGAUGCAACAAUGUCGGUGUUCGUAUCUUUGUGGAUGUGGUUUUCAAUCAUAUGACUGGCGAUAAUGCUAACGCUCGCGGAACCGGCGGUUCAACGGCGGAUCCCAGUAAUAAGAGUUUCCCGGCCGUACCUUACUCUAACUUGGAUUUCCAUCCCACAUGCAGUAUUAAUAACUACAAUGAUAAAUAUGAAGUAAGGAACUGCGAGCUCGUGGGUUUAAAGGACUUGGAUCAAAGUAAAUCAUGGGUUCAAGAUCGUGUUGUUGACUUUCUCAACCAUCUUAUUAGUUUGGGUGUUGCUGGUUUUCGCGUCGAUGCGGCCAAACAUAUGUGGCCCGAGGACUUAGAGAAAAUCUACAAUCGUGUGAACAACUUAAACACCACUCAUGGUUUCGAUACCGGCGCCCGUCCUUUCAUAUUCCAAGAGGUUAUCGAUUUGGGCGGUGAGGCCGUCUCCAAAAACGAAUACACAAACUUGGGUGUCGUCACUGAAUUUGCGCACUCGAAUUCAAUUGGCAAAGUAUUUCGUGGCAAGGACCAAUUGCGUUGGCUCAUCAAUUGGGGUCCACAGUGGGGAUUCCUCAACUCUGAUCGAGCCUUGAUUUUCGUAGACAAUCAUGAUAAUCAACGUGGUCAUGGUGCUGGUGGUGCUGAUAUCCUUAACUACAAGACAUCAAAACAGUAUAAAAUGGCAAGUGCUUUCAUGUUGGCACAUCCAUUCGGUAUAACUCGUGUCAUGUCUUCGUUCGCAUUCGACAACACCGAUCAAGGACCACCCACAACCGAUGGCCAAAACAUCGCCAGCCCCAUUUUUAAUGCCGACAAUUCUUGUAGCGGUGGUUGGGUUUGUGAGCAUCGUUGGCGUCAAAUUUACAAUAUGGUCGGCUUUAGAAAUAUUGUGGCAGGCACCGCUAUUCAAAACUGGUGGGACAACGGCAGCAAUCAAAUCGCUUUUUGUCGCGGCAGCAAAGGCUUUGUGGCAUUCAAUGGGGACUCCUAUGAUUUGAAUACAUCAUUACAGACAUGUCUACCCGCUGGUACUUACUGCGAUAUCAUCUCUGGUGUCAAGUCGGAUUCUGGCUGUACGGGCAAGCGCGUUGAGGUAGGCUCUGAUGGUCGCGCAACUAUAUCGAUUACCCAGGCAGAGGAAGACGGCACACUGGCAAUACAUCUUGAGUCCAAAUUAUAAAUUAUGAUUAUGUUUUCGGAAAUCUACAGAAUAUACACUUGUAUAGAGAAAUGCAAA